GGAGAACCGGAGCCAAAGCCUUGGUGGUCACGUUGGUUUUGACAGCCUUCCUGAUCAAUUAGUCAGCAAAUCUGUAUCACAAGGAUUCGGUUUCAACAUACUGUGUGUGGGGGAGACAGGCAUAGGCAAAUCGACGCUGAUGAACACACUAUUCAACACCAUGUUUGAGACCGAAGAGGCUACGCACCAUGAACCCGGGGUCCGUUUAAAGCCGCAGAGCUACUGCUUGAAGGAGACUAAUGUGGAUCUUAAACUGACCAUCAUCAACACAGUGGGAUUUGGUGACCAAGUUAACAAAGAGGAAAGCUACAAGCCAGUGGUCGACUACAUUGACACGCAGUUUGAGAGUUACCUGCAGGAGGAACUGAAGAUCAGACGCUCUCUACACGACUUCCACGACACACGAAUCCACGCCUGCCUGUACUUCAUUGUCCCCACUGGCCACUGCCUCAAAUCACUGGAUUUGGUCACCAUGAAAAAACUCGACAGCAAGGUAAAUAUUAUCCCCAUCGUAGCCAAGGCAGACACCAUUUCGAAAAGCGAGUUGCAUAAAUUUAAGAUCAAGAUAAUGAGUGAACUGGUCAGCAAUGGUGUUCAGAUCUACCAGUUCCCAACUGAUGAUGAGGCCGUAGCAGAGAUCAACUCUACGAUGAACGCACAUCUCCCGUUUGCAGUUGUCGGCAGCAUGGACGAGGCUAAAGUGGGAAGCAAGAUGGUGAAAGCUCGUCAGUAUCCCUGGGGCAUUGUGCAGGUUGAGAAUGAGAAUCAUUGUGACUUUGUGAAGCUGCGUGAGAUGCUGAUUCGUGUGAACAUGGAGGACUUGCGGGAACAGACUCACACACGACACUACGAGCUGUACCGGCGCUGCAAGCUGGAGGAGAUGGGCUUCAAGGACACAGACCCUGACAGCAAACCAUUCAGCCUGCAGGAGACCUACGAAGCCAAGAGGAAUGAAUUUAUGAGUGAACUGCAGAAAAAGGAGGAGGAGAUGAGGCAGAUGUUUGUGGCCCGGGUGAAGGAAACCGAGAUGGAUUUGAAGGAGAAGGAAAAGGAGCUCCACGACCAGUUUGAUCAGCUGAAGAAAACACACCAGGAGGAGAAGAGGAGGCUGGAGGAGAAGCGGAGGGACUUGGAGGAGGAGAUGAACGCCUUUAACCAGCGGAGAAUGGCUGCCCAAACGCUGCAGGGACAUUCCUUCCUGGCCACCGGGCAGCAGCCCCUCAAGAAAGACAAGGACAGAAAAAACAGGGUGGCAGUGACGGUAAACCAAUCGGGGGUAAGUCUCUCCACCUCCAAGCUGAUGAUGGCCAAGGCCAGCGUGGAGCCGCUGAACUGCAGCAACUGGUGGCAGGCGGUGCAGUGUUGCAGCUGCCUGGUCAAGAGUGCGGCGUGGAGAGAGGGCUUCAUCUGAGGCCAGCGGUCAAGGAGAUGGGGCUGGCCGGACAUCACCAUGGCAUGGAACUGGAACGAUGGAAACCAAGGUUUAGGUUCGUCCCUGGGCACCGAUACUACAAACAGCCUGAAUUUGUCACCAACCCCCCCCCUCCCCACCCGGGCACCUGCAAGACAAAUCUAACCAGGUUUAUACCCAAGUAUCCCUUGAGCGCGGAGGACCGCAACCAAACGACGUCUGUGGUCUCGAGACCAAUCUGCGGAAAUUUGAGUCCCCUGCCGAUGGGAACCUCCAGUAUCCAACGCCAGAAGGGGUUGCAACGAAUGAUGGGGCGCCCGUGAGAUGGCGGCGAGGCAGGCGUGGGCGGGGAGCAGCGCGCGGCGGGGAUCUGAAGGAAUGUUGGAGCAGUGUUAUUCAUUCACGAAGGCUAGCGAGUGGCACUAAAGGAACGGGAAGAGAACGACCCCCCCCCUCCGCAAAAGGCAAGGUCUGGCCUCGCAAGAGAAGUCGGCAAGAUGAAGGCGGAAAGGAGAAGAUGGAUGGUGGAGGUUCCAACACGUCCGUGCCCGUUGAAUCACCGCGUCUCGGUACACGUGACAAUAAACUAAGCCGAAUCAUUACAAAACCACCUGAUCCAGGUGUCCAAAAUAAAAAAGAUGAGAUGGUUAAAAUUGCACAAAGCCGUGCUGUUUCCAGUGAGUCUGUGGUGGCUGCGUUAUACUGUCCAGUGCAUGUGCACGAGUUACGCCCCGACCCCUCCUUCCCAGCGCCUCUGCAGAC